AUGGAGCUUACAACUUGUAAAACACCUUGUUGGCUAGUUCCUGUUGGAAUGGAAAGCACGACGAUUCGUGAUUUCCAGAUAAAUGCCUCUUCCAACUACGAUGUCCAUUAUCGUGACAUUUACGCUCGACUAAAUCACCCAACAAACUAUUGGUCUCCGGACACUUCUGAUGACAGCAAUCCAUGGCUACAGAUUGACUUUUUGUCUGUGAGAACUGUUGGUGCGAUCGAAACGCAGGGAGGUGGCGCGUCUUCUCGUGUGGAAACCUACACUGUUAGCUAUGGAAAUGAUGGCGUAACGUUUCAAGUUUAUAUAAAAAAAGGCGUGGCAAAGGUCUUCACUGGUAACAGUAUUCUUCAAAUUUCGACGAUCAUACGACAAACUUUCUCUCCGGAAAUAGAAGCGAGAUACGUCCGCAUUAAUCCAAAAACAUGGGGAAUGUACAUAGCGCUACGAGUGGAGUUCUUCGUCUGCUCUGAAGUCUGUCUUCCGACUAACCCAUGCCAGAAUACUGGAAAAUGCGUCAGUUCAACGUCUUGCACCUGUCCUGCGUCAACUCAGGGCCCUACGUGUGAAUUUCAUUACUGUCUACGAAACCCUUGUCUAAAUGGUGGAAGAUGCAAUGAAAUAUUACCCGCUAGUUACGAGUGCACCUGUGCUGCCGGUUAUACUGGACCGCACUGCGAAGCAUGCGUUGACCACCCUGAAUGUCAAAACGGCGGUGCCUGCGGAAUGUAUUCAAGUACUGGCGAUGCUGCCUGCUUCUGUCCAUCUAACUAUGUUGGGGAUUUAUGUGAAACUUAUAGCCCACCUCCUACAGUCCCUUUAGCCACUGAUGCAAAUCCUCCACUUGGAACGACUGCAAAUCUUCCACUUGGAACGACUGCAAAUCUUCCACUUGGAACGACUGCAAAUCCUCCACUUGGAACGACUGCAAAUCUUCCACUUGGAACGACUGCAAAUCUUCCACUUGGAACGACUGCAAAUCCUCCACUUGGAACGACUGCAAAUCUUCCACUUGGAACGACUGCAAAUCCUCCACUUACAACGACUGCAAAUCCUCCACUUGGAACGACUGCAAAUCCUCCACUUGGAACGACUGCAAAUCCUCCACUUGGAACGACUGCAAAUCCAGUAUCGACCACGCCAGGCUAUGCUUCAAUUGCAGGCUUCGCACUUAAAUCUAUAUCAGCUCAGAAAUUUGGGCAAAGUUUCACUGUCGUGUGGGACAUGACCGCUGGUACGAGUGUCACAAUUGCUGUAUCAUACAACGGUAUCCCAUGCUGCAAUGCAGGUCCACUCACCAACACUGGCGGCCAAUGCGAUUGUAUGAUAUCCGAUCCAGGCCUCUUUGACCCAGAUGGCGUGGUGAAUAUUAGUGCCAUAGCUUCAAAUUUAGCGUCCAGUUCUCCCACAUAUAUCGAAGUCGAAGUUUUAAAAGUUAUCACCCAAGUGUCUUUCACCAUGUUAACAAGCUACUCAGACUUCGGGGUAAACAUCGAGGGUCGUGGGAGUCAGCGAAAUGUAUUUCCAGCUGAACAUCCCGUGAAGUUCAAUUGCUCGUAUGCAGGAGGUCCAGUUACGACUGUGUCUUGGGUGUUCAAUUGCGAUGCUGAUGGUACGAUCUCUGAGUCUCAGUCCUUUUUCGACAAGAUCUUUCCAAGCAAGACGAGUCAGAACUGCCAAAUUACCCUGAGACUAGAGAACAACAUCAAUUCAACAUUAGCACACGGUAGCAUUGAACUUAAAGAAAGUUUUAUUCUGAAAAGUCUAACGAGCGACGGUCCUGUGAAAGAAAACCAAACUAUCACGUUUACAAUUUCGCUGGAAAAGUUUGGCACCCAGACUUGUAUGUGGGUUGAUUUAGGAGACAAUAGUUCUCUCCUGGUGUUUGGUGAUGCCUCGUGUACCACAAAGUUUGAUGUUACUGCGAUUAACCCAAAUAUCUUGACUGUACCUCGUUUCAAGUUUUUCCCAAAGGCUUCAGGUACACAGGAGAUCGUCGUCCAGCAUGUCUAUCUUAACAUUGGCUCUUAUGACGUCAGGAUGAACGCGUCAAAUGAGGUUUCCAUGGUAACAAAAGACAUGGUCGUCGUUGUCAUGGCCUACGUUUGCCAUAACCCAAACGUCACAAUAACAGGUUUAGCUCCAAAUACAUCCAACGUCUUAAAUGCGGCUCAAGUAUACCGCUCAGUCGUCAUUUCUUUGUCCACCCAGAACGACAUUGAUUGUGAGAACACAGAACGAACAAGGGCAACAUGGAGUGUGUUUAAAUUUGACGACGACCCUCGCGAAAUGAGAACAGUUCCUGUAUCCAGUUUAGCGAAGUCCCUUUAUCACUCCGGUAUUUCCACCCGGGAUCUUUUACUGCCCGGAAAUGAUUUACCCUACGGUUUCUAUGAGAUCAGUGUCCGGGUCGAGAUGAAUGGUUUGCCUGAUGUUUUUGGAAUUGACAAAUUUUACAUCCAAGUGGUUCAAACUCCCUGGCUUAAAGCUGCUGUGGUGGAAGGAUCCUUCUAUACCGCACCUUUUGGCUUCCAGGGAUCCCUAGAUUCCUCCGCAUCUUCAGAUCCGGAUUUUGCUGACUGUUCAGCGUUUUGUACAGGGGAGUUGGUGUUUAGUUGGGCUUUAUACCUGUACGAUGACAUUGACGAGCCUGAACCGCUGAAUUUGUCAGCUUUGCAUGAAAUCCCAUCCAAGGACUUUCAAAAUUUGGUGUAUAAUCCAAUCAAUGAGCUGGCUCUGGCGAUUAAACCUAACGCGCUGCAAAGCGGCAAAAAAUAUACGCUGGCAUUUCGGGCGUCGCGUCCAACUGGAGUGAUUGGGGAACAGAGAACUACUCUUCGUGUGAAUUCACCGCCCUCUGGUGGCACGUGCUCCGUUACUCCUUCGUCCGGUAUCUCCCUUUCGACAAAUUUCACUUUCUCUUGUGAGGGAUGGUCCGACUCUGAAUCACCGCUGACCUACAAGUUCUUCUACGGACGCAACCAAAGCAAGACACUGUUCUAUUAUCGUACAAUUGCUUCUGGUGUGAGCAUCAGCCACACUGAUUGGCUGCCAAGUGGAGAGGAAAGUCACAAUUACACCUUAGCUGUCUCCAUGGAAAUUGCAGAUGCGUUCGGAUCAAGUUCAAUCGAGCACUUUCCAAUACAGGUCAGUCCUGCUCCAACAGGAGAACUGAAUUUGACUGAAAUAACCGAUAUAUUUCACCAACAUGUAAAAAAUGGAGACACUACAGCAGCCAUAGGUCUGGCUUCGGAGUUAAGCUCCACUUUGAAUGCUCUCGGAUCAAGCGCUGGCAAAUCGUCAGAAGAACAGAAAACACCUGGACAGGUACGAGAAGAAAUGCUGACGUUGAUAACUAAAAUGAAGCCAAAAGAUAUGUCCGCAACCUUACAAAUCAGCGGUUCUGUUCUCUCACUUGUUGGAGAAGCUGACCAGUUAACGGAAAAGGCACAGGAUGCGGCGUUGUCGGCAGCUGAAGUUUUGACAAAUAAACUGAAGAAUUUAACGCAGAACGAUUCGGGAUUUAAAAACGUUAAAUCUGGAGUGACGAACGUUCUUGGAACACUCGGUUCUUUGAAUAGUGGUGGAUCAAAGGAUUCCGGAUCGCUUUCCAAAAACGAUACAGUCACCGCGGGAAAUGUUCAGCGUACUUUCGAUUCGGUCGAGAAACUUCAAAGUGUCUUGCUGGAUUAUUUGGUAUCAAACGAAGGUCCGAGCAACAUCGAAACAAAAACGCUUUCAAUAAACGUGGAGAAAGUAGCAGCUUACACUUUCGGAGAGAAAGAAAGCGAACUAAAAGGAGCUCGCUUCAAACCUCCGUCAGGCUCUGCCUUUGGCUUAGGCGAUGUUCUUUCAAAUCCCAACAACUCUUUUCUUCAAAUGCAGCCCAUUGACACCAAGGUUGCUUUAUUCGACAAGAAUCCUUUCACUUGGGACAGCUCGAGUCAAAACGUCACGUCCAACGUGAUUGAUAUUGUAGUUGAAGCAAAGAGCCUCAACAUCUCAUCUUCCAACCUUACGGAAGAUAUUACCGUCACAAUAACCCGAGAUCCAUCAUUGAUUAUGGAUGCAAACAAUUCGUUCUACCUAAAACCUCUUGAAAUGAAUGAAACGAGCAAAACAAGAGACUAUUUGAAGUUCCAUUGCUUUACACGACGGAGUAACUACACCGCCAUGAAUUUCGAAAUGAAACCUGAAGACGUUGGAAUAACUUAUAAUGUAUUCCUGAAGAAAGGAGGAAAACCCGAUGUCAAAGCAGGAGAUUACGAGUUCGUUUACAAACUGCCAGACUUCAGUACUUGUAAAGUUGGUAACGACAGCGUGUUUACAUCACAAUCACAGUCGGGCAACGCUGAAGCCGUUCAUAUUGACCCAAGCAAAUGUGCAAAAGAUCCUUACACAGUGUUCGUAUCGAAUUUUGAUUUCAACGGUACUGGGGAAUACUGUUUUGCUGUACAACACACUGAACAAUUCCAGAACGAAACUCACCCUGAUCCAGAGUCGUCCUUUAGCUCUCGAAAUCGGCGUUCAGUUUCCUGUGAAGUUGGAGCCAGACGUGUUCGUCGUUCGUGUGUCAUUAUCCCCCCUGCCCCACCGAAGCCAACUGACCCUCCUGGAAAGCUUAAGAUCCUCGUGGCCGACAAUCUAGGCUUUGAUGGCAAGUUCUUUCAUCCCAACCAAACUCCGAACUACAACCUGACCAUGUUCGAAUCAAGCUGUAUAUUCUGGGAUGUUGUCAAUGAGACAUGGAAAGGUGAAGGCUGCAAGGUUGCAAUAGGAACGAACAGAGGACAAAUCCUCUGUUCCUGUAAUCACUUGACGUCGUUUGGAAGUGAUCUUCUUGUUGCUCCAAACCCAAUUGACUUCGAUUCGGUCUUCAGUAAUUUUGGCAGUCUUGCUGAAAAUGUUGCUGUGCUGGCUUUGAUAUCGACCAUUCUUGGUUUAUACAUCAUUGGAGUGAUCUGGGCAAGACGAGCGGAUAAAAAAGACUUGCUAAUGGUUGGUCCGACGAUCCUUCGAAAACACCGUGGAAACUAUCACUACCUCAUCACUACCGCCACAGGUAGCAGACAGGGGGCUGGUACUACAGCAAGGGUUGUGUUUACGAUGACAGGCGACGAAAACGAAACACUACCAGUUUGGUUACACGAUCGAGAAAGGCCAUGUUUCGAACGAGGUCAAACCAACUCUUUUGUAGUUUCGUAUCCUCACGGUGUUGGCGAUUUGAGCUAUAUUCAAAUGUGGCACGAUAACUCAGGUUCUUCGCCAUCUUGGUAUCUCAGUCGGUUGACCAUCAAAGAUCUUCAAACAGGUGUAACAUGGAGAAUGGUUUGUGAAAAUUGGUUGGCUGUUGAAUCAGAGGACGGGAAAGUUUGUCGAAUACUGUCUGUGGCCAACGAAGAGGAAUUGACAAGCUUCAAUCAUGUCUUCUCGAAAAAAGCUAUCAAGGGUCUUGCAGACGGCCAUAUAUGGUUCUCCAUUGUAUCCAGACCUCCCACAAGCAAUUUCACGCGCGUCCAACGUCUCUCAUGCGCUCUUUGCUUGCUGUGUUGCACGAUGAUUACAAGCGCCAUGUUCUAUAACAUGGGAGGCCAGGGUCCAAGUCCUUUCGCUGUUCAAAUUGGUUCGUUGGUUAUCGACCUAAAGCCGUUUGUGAUUGGUCUGCAGAGCAGCAUCAUCAUUGUCCCAGUGAAUGUUCUAAUCGUGCAGAUUUUUCGCAAUCUCCGACCGAAAAAAGAAAAACCGAAGAAAACAGCCGUUUACGAGAUAGAGAAACACGCCGAAGAGGAAGGCGCAAUAAAAGGGAAUGAUACAGUCGAAGGAGUUCAUAUUGAAAACCAAACUCCACCAAAAGGCAAACUUCCAUAUUGUUUUAUCUACAUGGCCUACGCUAUUUGUUACCUCGCGUCUGCCGCUUCGAUUUUUUUCACAUUGCUCUACAGCAUUCAGUGGGGAAAGGAGACUUCAACAGAAUGGGUGAUUGCCAUGGUUACAUCAUUUUUCCAAUCAGUGUUGCUUCUUCAGCCAAUCAAAGUCGUUGUUGCCGCUGUCGUGUUUGCGUUGUUUAUCAAGAAAGCAGAUGACAGCGAGGAGGAGACUGGUAACGAGGGACUGGUGAUCAAUAAAUCUGACGUGGCGGAAGAAGAAUUGGCUGCACGAAACUUGGCGGAGUUGGAACGGAAGAUGGGAGCCAUUGGCAAACCCGUAGGAAAAAUAAAAAAAUAUUACAGUCCUCCAAGUGCGGCCAAGCUGCGGAAAGCGAGAGAAAAACGCCUGAAAGAGAUCAAGAUGAACGCUGCUUUGAAAGAGAUGUUUGCAUUCUUUGUAUUUCUCAUAUUGCUGAUGGCCGUAGCCCAAUACCACAGACAUCCAGACACGUUUUUAUUAACGAAAACUUUGUACGAGACUUUCGAAGAAGUUGAUGCCUAUGGACUUGACCUUGCUGCAAUCUCCGAUACAGAUUCUUUAUGGAUGUGGGCACGUGAAACGCUCAUCCCAGGACUUUACGCGAAUGAGUGGUACAAUGGUAAGAAAAUAGAGAAAGGAUGGCUCGCGAAUAUUGAAGAUUACCUCGUGGGUGUCCCGCGUGUAAGACUACUUCGCGUAAAAGAGAAUUCGUGUCCAGUUUCCAGCUACUUCAAAGACGUCAUCCCCCAUUGCUACAGUGGGUACUCUGUGGGGGAUGAGGAAGAUGAAACUUUUGAAGUAGGCUGGAAACCACUGCACGAGGGAAAGUCUCGAAGACGUCGAGCUAUUGCAGAGCCCAAGACCGAGUCUGAAUGGACGAAACGUUUGUUCAACGUGGACGAAGUCGAACACGAUGGCGUGAAGAUUCGGCGUAAAAGAGGACUGGAUCCGAUUAUGGGUGGACUGAGCGGAAAAAAACGACGAAAGAAGAAGCGUUUGCUGGCCAGCGCUAAACCAAAGGAGUAUGUCGUGAACGACAAUGCAUUGUUACCAGAUGGUAAAGUGUUGUCGUGUCUUGAAAGAUGGGAACAUCAAUCAAUGAUCGAUCUUCGAGGAUUUCCAUACUGGGGUACAAUCACUAUGUACAGCGGUAGCGGCUAUGCAGCAAACCUUGGUUAUGACACUGUCACUGCUUACACUGUGGUUGCUGACUUGCAUUCGAACGGCUGGAUUGAUGUCCAGACACGUGCUGUGUUUGUAGAGUUUACUGUAUACAACGCGAAUGCAAACCUAUUUGGCAUCGUUUCGUAUUUUGUGGAAUUUCCACAAUCUUCAGCUGCCGUCACCAGGGCCCAAUACCAAGUUGCGCGGUUCUAUCUUCACCUCAGCGGCAGUCAAACUCUGGCUCAUGUCCUGGUCAUCUUCUUCAUGAUGUAUUUUCUCUUCAGGGAAGGAAAACUUGUUUACAAACAACGCUGGUCUUACUUUAAAGGUUUCUGGAAUUGGGUUGAAGUCAUCCUGAUUGUCAGCGAAUUCCUAUUGAUCGUCUUAUUCCUGGCACGUCUCUACGAAGUUGAUCGAAAUCUUCUUCAGCUACGAGAGAAUCCAAAUGAUUACGUUGGUUUCCAAUAUGCUGCGAAUGCAGACGCCAUGAUGACUUACAUCCUUGGUGUCCUUGUGUUCUUCUACAUCUUACGUUUCUUGCGAUUGUUGAGGUUUAACAAAAACUUCCUUGUCAUCGGGAAAACAUUGGAGAGAAUAAGCUCGCCGAUUAUGAGUUUUUGUUUACCCUUUAUCGCUGGAUUCUUCGCAUUUGCCCUUCUCGCCUUCGCUAUGUUCGGUUCUGAACUUGAAGAGUACAGCUCGUUUAUAAGGACAUUGUCGACUCAGUUGAGCAUGCUUUUAGGAGAUUUUGACUUCGAAGCCAUCUUCAUGGUCAACCCCACCGUAGCAACACUGUAUUUCUUUUCAUUUAUUGGUUUGAACGUGAUGGUGCUCAUGAACAUGUUCAUUGCCAUCAUCAACGACUCCUUCGCUGAGAUUCAAGAGGAAACUGCUGAGAUUCAAAACGAACUGGAAAUUAUCGAUUAUGUGACGACAAGCAUUUCAAAGGGUUUCGAUAAGGCAUUCAAGCGCGGUAAAGUCGCACCUGCGAAGAAGAAGAGACGAAAACAAAAACGAAAGUCGAAGAAACAAACUCCUGAGGAGAAGAUCUACUCCAAGUUGGAUGGACGUGUGAAGAAAUUAGAGCUGUUCAUGGAUAUUAUAGAUCGAAGUCUAGGAGAAGAUGAAAUCGAGGAAAAACGAUUUUAUUCUGUACCAAGAGACAAACAACAGGAUUUAUGUUUUCGCGUAUUGUGUUUGAUGGAAAGUGCACUUGAUGUCGAUGAAGAAGAACUCAACAAAGAAGAUGAAGGGAACGAAGACGUGUCUGAAACACAGUCAGAUGCCGAUGACCGGAGUCAAAUUGUAUGA